AUGCCAUUGCGAAACUUGUUUUAUGCUCAUAUUAAACUUGAUCAAAUUAAAGAAUAUAAACCCGGCAAUCGUUUAUUUACUGCAAAAGUUGGGGAGAAGCAUACUCUCUCGAGAGACAUAGACGACUCGAAACAUAUUUCAAGGUACAUAAUUAUUGAAUGUAGCGUGAAAAAAGUAUCAAUAAUUGCCAAGCUAAAGUUCGGUUCAAGUUCUGUUCACAACUAA